CUGAUGCAUCCACUUGUUGAUCCACAUUCAUCUUUGUUUUCCUCAUAUGAACUGGCAUUUGGCUCAAAACUGUACUGGAUUGCUCCAUUAUUGCCCGACAUUUUAAUUGCACCGCUAAUGUUAGCUAAAUAAUUAAAGUAAAGUAAUUGCACGAGGGAACUAUUUAGUGAUAAAUAUCUUUAAAUGUACUUCAGAAAAAGAAAAAAAAGAUUAUAUUAAAUUAAUUCGAAAUUCUACUUCCGCUACUAUGACGUCACAUCCGCCGUUAUAUUUCCGGAAGUAAACACAUCGUUCAGAAGCGCCAGCCUUUUUCGGGUUUCUCCUCUAAGUUUGGUGCGCUGGCCGGUCAGUCGGUCGGUCAGUCGGUCUCUCGGUGGGAUGCCGUUCACCUCCGCGUUCGGGACGCAGGUUGCAGCCAUCAUGGAUGUUCUGACCAAAGCUGCGGUGGCAGAGAUCACCAAGCUAGCGGAGGAAGGGAGCGUGGUUUUGCGAAUGGAGGUGCGGAGGAGGGACAGUGAGAUCCAGGAGCUGCGGAGGAGCCUGAAGAUGAAGGAAGCGGAGCUCCGGGAAGCUCAAGAAGCUGCAAGCCGAGUUAGAGAGGAGAAACAGCAGCACGAAGCUGCGGGGAGGAGGCAGCUGCAGCUGGAAGAUAUUAAGGAGGAUCAUGAAGCAGACGCAGCGUUCCCCGCAUCAGAACCUGCUGAUUCCCUCCAUGAGCCUCAGAAUGGAAUGUAUGAGAACCAAAACUUCAGUCCGGUCAUCAAACAAGAGGCAGACGGUGAACUUCCCGUCAACACAGCAACAGACGGCGCACAAACGGACGUUUGUUUUCCUGCAGGGGGGCAAGGUGCUUCAGUCUGGCCUGCUACGAUAGAGGAAAGCUCUGUUGCAACUCAGCCACACAUGCAGAUUUCCCCGUUACGCGUUGAGCAAUAUUCUGCAUGCAGAGACUCUGAAACUUCCUUUAAUUUCUUUGCAGAUGGCACAAAGAAAAGGACUGACUGCCUUUCUGUCCCAUCAAACGUAGAAGUACCGAUGCAUCCUAUUUGCACUGGCAGUAAUCUUCCUGCGUCUGCUCCUGGCAAACAGUUCAGAUCCGAGUCACACUCAGCGGUCACACUGAAUGAGGGGGCUGCCUUUGCUUUGCUGCAGCCUCAGAGAGCGCCAGCAGGGGCUUUAGGUCUGAACACAGAGAACAGUUUCAGUAUUAGAAACGGCUUGCGGCCUAAAAAGCCCAGCACUGUGUGGAGAACCAGUCCAAAGCUUUUCAUGUGUUUAGUGUGCAACAAAAACUUCCCACGCUUGUCUCAGCUGGAGGAGCACAAGAGCACCCACCAAACCGCCAAACCCUUUAGGUGCCUCCAAUGCGGGAAGUCUUUUACCCAGAAGACCCGGCUUAAGACGCACCAGAGUGUGCACACGGGUGAGCGGCCGUUUAGCUGCAAAAUCUGUGGCAAGAUGUUUUCGAGGCAGGACAACUGUCUGAGGCACGAGCGGUUCCACAGCGGCCUGAAGCCGCACGUUUGUAGGCAGUGCGGUAAAAGCUUCACCGUGCUGGCAAACCUCCGAAUACACCAAGAGAUUCAUCUGCAGGAACGAUAGCGACCAUAAGCUCCUGUCGCAGUGAUGGACUGACAGACUCUGGACAUUUAAAUGCAUUAGUAGUUAUUUUUUACAUUUAUUGCAGAUAACAGACACGUAGGUUUUCACAUUAUAUAAAUUACAUUUACAGAUGUAGUGCUUUACUUAAAAAGAGGCCUGCUUUAGUGAAAACUUUAAGUGGAUGAAGAUGGAGACGUUACUUUAGUCACUUUGGUUAAUCUGCAUAUAAGACACCUUCAGACUUUUCCACCGCAGCGAUGAGCUGUUCAUAUUUGCAGGAAGGGUAAGAAUUAUAGUAAAGGAAUGUAUUCUACUUGUCCUUUAACAGUAAAAUACUUUUUUAUGUUUUAAAUUAACUGUUACGGAAAAAAACAUACUUUUCUGUAACUCCAGCAAAAAAAGAAAAUCAGCUGUUCAAGGGCCUAUAUCAUGCUUUUUCUUAAGCCUUUCAGAGUAAACUAUAGCCAUUUAUAUGAUGAUAUAUUACCUUUGGCACACUAAAGAAUGGUGUUAUUUAUGAAAUAUGAAUUAUUUUCUCAGCUCAUUUUCCUACCUGGAAGUAAGAUGACUCGAUCUCUAAGGCUCCGCCUUUUGCUCCUUGUGGGCACCGCCCAUUUUAUGAUGUCACCCUAGAGCUGUUUGCAUUUCCCCCACGAAAACAAAGCAUCCAAACUUUACAAACAUAAUGACUAAGUAAAAUCUAUUUAUUUCUCAAUAGAAGUCUAUAGGAUUUCAGCUUUUUUGGACCAGCAGGUACUUCCUAUUUGGAAUGCGAGGGGGGAGGAGUUGUUCAGUCCAGUUCUUAUACCAUCAAUGGUGAGAAUCCGCUCGUUUUCAUGGAUUAGGAGGGGCUGGUGCUCAGAAAGCAGGUUUUAGAGGAAUACUCAGAAAUGCUUGAAUGGAUCAAAAUACCGCUUUGCGGUGUUUUUUUGUGAGGAAAGAACAUUAUAAUACACUUAAAAGGUCAAAAAGUCGAUUUUGCAUGGUAUAGGCCCUUAAACUCUAUUGUUCUAAGUCAUAGUACAUGCUGUUUACAAUCUAGUUUUGUGGUAUUUUAUUUUCAAAUUGUGCUUUCAAAAAAUCUCUUCAUUCAAUCCAUGUAUAAUUAAAUAAAAUAUCUACAUUUCAUUUUA